CUGUUCGUCCACGUUCUCUUCACCAAAACAUCCUCGAGCAGCAAACAAACGGCCGCGGAGCUACGAUGUUUUCUGUUUUCACCAACCGGAGAGACAAAAAGGACCGAAAAAACGGUGCGGGUGUGGCUCAGCGUGACCGACAUCUUAGCAGCGAGUAGCCGAAAGGAGGACCUGUGCGAGUGUUUUUUUCGCGGGGCUGCCGCCGGAGAGCUGGGCUCCGACAAGGCUGGGCGGGGUGAUGUUUAGGUUCCGGUAUAAAGGCAGCGACAAAAUGGGAACCAGACGAGAUGUGAAGCCGGCAGCCCGCGCUGUGCUCUUAUCCUGGAGACUAGAAUGAGAAGUUGGUCGUCCGGGUGUGAAAGGGCGACGGUAUAACCGUCUGGGGAGGCCGCUGGCGGGGGAGAAGCGUGUCGCUGCCGCGUCCCUCCGCCCCUCGUCCGCCAGUACCAUGAGGACGAUCUUUACAUUCUGCUGUCUCUUCCUUAUUACCGGCGGAGCGUACCGGGCGUGGGCCACCGGAAACCUCACUGUGGAUGGCAGCAACAGGACCAACGUGACGGCCGACAGCAGCAGCAGGUAUAUCACAAUCGGGGACGGGUCAUUGCAGGAGUUCGAGUUCCCUGAAUACACCAACGGCGUGAUUGUAAUCUCCAGCCGAUACCGGAGCCCCGCGGCCGGCAGAACGGGCCGCCAGAGCUUAAAGCAGACGGUGAGAGUUCACUCCUUGGAACCGGAGGUCCUCUCGAUCAUCAACGUGACGGACGGCGGCCACGGAGGACCGGCUCAGAGCUACAUUAUCAACAUCCGUUCUGGGCUGCCGGGCAAGGCUCAGCUGCAGAUCCAGCUGCUGGACCUGGACCAGGGCUCGGUGCCGGUUCUGAUUGAGGAGAGGACAGAUUACUGCAUCAAAGUGGAGCCCGGUGAGGAUGACCCUGCCACCCGGCUCAUCCAGUCGGGUGGUCUGUCCCAUUUCUCUGAGAACCCCGUUCUGUUUGCCUUGCUGCCCCUCAUAUUUGUCAACAAGUGUGCCUUUGGGUGCAAGGUGGAGGUGGAGGUGCUGCGGGGGCUGCUGAAGAGCCCCAUGCCGCUGCUCCUAGGCGCACUGGGUCAGUUCCUGGUGAUGCCUUUAUACGCCUACUGUGUGUCCCAGCUGGCCUCACUGCCCAAGGCACUCGCUCUGGGGUUGGUCAUAACCUGUUCUGCCCCAGGUGGAGGGGGAGGAUACCUGUACAGCCUGCUGCUCGGAGGCGACGUCACGCUAGCCAUCUCCAUGACGCUGGUCUCCACAGUGGUGGCGGCGGCAGCCAUGCCUUUGUCGUCAGCCCUGUACGGUUGGCUUCUGGGUGUCCACGCUGCCCUGCACGUGCCCUUUGUGAAGAUCCUGGGCACCUUGCUGUUCAUCGCUAUCCCCAUCUCACUGGGCAUGCUGGUGAAGCUGCGGCUGCCCGCCCUCACUCGCGUCCUGUUGGCGCUCAUCCGACCCUUCAGCUUCGUGCUCAUCGUGGGCGGCAUCUUCAUGGCCUACCAAAUGGGAGCGUCCAUCCUGGCCAACGUCCAGCCCCAAAUCGUGGUCGUUGGGAUUACGGUGCCUUUGCUGGGCCUGGUGGUCGGGGCUGUCCUGGCCAAGCUGGCGGGCCUUUCUCCGCCACAGAGGAAGACGGUCAGCAUCGAAGUGGGCGUCCAGAACAGCCUGCUGGCUCUCGCGGUCAUGCAGCUGUCUUUCCGGCGACUGGAGGCAGACUUUGCGUCGCAGGCGCCCUUCAUCGUGGCCCUCAGCAGCACCUCGGAGAUGCUGCUCAUUGUGCUGGGAUACGUCGCCCAGCGGAGGCUGUGCGGCUCGGCCGCCCCCAGGAGCGACACCUGAUUGUAGCUGCAGUUUUGCUCUUAACGUCCUUCUAAGAAUGAACCCUUUGAAUCCUGUGGAAAUCUGGUGUCCCUCUGUCUCAGCCUCAAGAUGCCCAACAAUCACCAACCCAACAUCACUGUUGUUGUACACAGGACAGUGAAUGGACUUUUUAUGGGACUUUUGUUGUCAUUUUGGUUUUGUUUUUUUUUGUUUUUUUCAUGAAAACCAAAGGCCUUUUCCCCCUCUGAGACCUUUUUGUGUUUAUUUUCCGGUAUGUACUUUUUCAGAUGAGAUUCUACUGUGAGGUAAAUGUAAAUAUUCUUAAGAAGACAAAUCCCUAUUAAAAGAAAAGAUAUUUUUCUACCAGAUUACUUUUUUUUUUUUUUUUUGUGAUCAAAAAGCAAAGACUGAUAUUUGUAUCAUGUUUACAAGAGGUCCAUGUGUCUUAGCCUGUGGAGGGGGAGGUUUUGGGGGGUGGGGUUAAAGUGGAAACUUUUGUGACUCAAACGGAAACAUGGUGAAAUUAUUUUGAAAGUAUUUGCCUCUGAUUGUGUGUCCUGGAUCUUUAAAUCCAUGUACUUGAAUAUUUGCAAAGAGAAAUUAAGAAAAAGUCAAUAAAAAAAAAAAAAAAAAAA